CCUUAAAUCACUCCACAUUUAAAAAAAAAAAGAAAAAAACUCAAAAAUGUUAAUACUCUUAUCCCCAUCUCCCACAUCGCUGCUGCCACCCAUAAACACCCACAAUGCCACCGCCACCAGAACCAAAUUCCGGCGGCAGCCGUUGCUCAAAGUACGCGCCGAAAGCAGCGAAGGAGGCGGCACCACCGCCGAGACGGCUGCCGUCGUCGGGGGAUUAGUAUCCAACCCGGUGAUCGGGUGGUCCCUUUACACUCUCAAGACAACGGGCUGCGGGCUCCCGCCGGGCCCGGGUGGAUCCAUCGGCGCACUCGAAGGAGUGAGCUAUCUCGCCGUGGCGGGCAUUGUGGGUUGGUCGCUAUACACCAAGACCAAAACGGGUUCGGGCCUGCCAAACGGGCCGUUCGGUUUAUUAGGAGCCGUUGAGGGGCUGUCGUACCUAUCGUUGCUCGCGAUUAUCGUCGUGUUCGGGCUGCAGUUUUUUGUGCAGGGAUCCAUACCCGGCCCGCUUCCAAGUGAACAAUGCUUUGGUUAGAGAUUUUGAUUUCACCCAUCUCCAUUUUUCUUUUUCUUUUUUUAUUAUAGAAACAAUCUUUGUAUCUAUUUCUCGUUGUAAUAUAACGUCUGAUUUUUGCGCGCAAA